GUGUGAAAACUUGCGUGUGUACAAACUGGGUCUCUUUUCAGGUCUUUGGUGGAUGCUAGCACUUUUCUGCUGGAUCAGUGACAAAGCGUUUUGUGAGAUCUGGUCCUCAUUUAACUUCCCCUAUUUGCACUGUGUGUGGCACAUUUUGAUUUGCCUCGCAGCGUACCUGGGCUGUGUCUGCUUUGCUUACUUCGAUGCUGCCUCGGAGAUCCCUGAGCAGGGCCCAGUCAUAAAGUUCUGGCCCAGUGAAAGAUGGGCGUUCAUUGGGGUUCCCUACGUCACCCUCCUCUGCGCACACAAGAAAUCACCUGUGAAGAUCACAUGA